AUGACAGCUGUAAAGCCUGAUGGUGCAGUGCCAGCCGAGAUCCUUUCCCUUCUCUUUGUCCAUCUUGAACGCUUCCCCAAUCUCAUCUACUUGUGUUUGUGGUUUCAGGGGUCAGUGACAUUUAGGGAUGUGGCUGUUGUCUUCUCUCAGGAGGAGUGGGCCUGCCUGGAUGCUGCUCAGAGGGUCUUAUACAGGGACAUGAUGUUGGAGACCUACAGUGGGGGUACCGGUAGAGCCAUCAUUGGGAACCUUCAUCUGGUGAUGGAUGGAAAUAGAGACAGAGACCCAUACGACUCCAGGUAUUCCAGAGCAAAAGAUUUAGAGUCAAGUUAUGAAGCUGAAAAUAUAUCUCCAAAAAAUAUGAAUUUACCCAAACAAAGCACAAAGCAAUUAAGAAAAUCUUUUGACAUCCAGGGUUCCAGUUUUAGUAAUGAUCCCAACUGUAGUACAAUCAAGGGACUACAGAGUUAUCAAGAAGAUGCUGAGCAAAAGAUUAGUAACAAGGAAAAACUGCCUAAUUACACCUGUCAGACUUUUACUCACAACAGAGAAAAAGUCUAUUAAUGUAAGGAAUGUGGAAAGGCCUUCACUGUUCUGAUACAGCUCACUCAGCACCAGAGUAUUCAUACUGGAGAGAAAUCACUUGAAUGUCAGCAGUGUGGGAAGAUAUUUAUUAGUGGUUAUUUUCUUGUUCGACACCAGAGUAUUCAUACUGGUGAGAAACCCUUUGAGUGUAAUGUCUGUGGGAAGGCUUUUAGGCUUCAGGUAUUUCAAACACCUUUUGAAUGUGAGGAAUGUGGGAAGUCCUUCAAGCGUGUCUCCAGCCUUGUUGAACAGAGGAUUAUUCAUGCUGGUGUGAAGCCAUAUGAAUGUAAAGAGUGUGGGAAAGCCUUUAAUCGUCGUUCAAACCUCAUGCAGCAUCAGAAAAUUCACUCUGGUGAGAGACCCUUUCAGUGUAAGGAGUGUGGAAAAGCCUUCACUGUUCUGUCACAGCUCACUCUGCACCAGAGUAUUCAUUCUGGAGAGAAAUCAUUUGAAUGUCAGAAGUGUGGAUCAGCCUUCAGACUUCAGUACCAACUUACUCAGCAUCAGAGAAUUCAUAGUGAUGUGAAACCUUUUCAGUGCAAGGAAUGUGGAAAGGGCUUUCUUCGUGGUACAGCUCUUAGAAUUCAUGAGAGAAUCCAUACUGGUGAAAAGACCUUACAAUGUUAGGAAUCUGGGGCCUUUCAGUAUCAUUACCAAUUUCUUGGACAUUUUAGAAUUCAUACUGGCAAGAAUCCUUGUAAAUGUUCACAAUGUGGGGGAGGUACUUUACUCGUGGUGAAGACCUUAAAUAUGAUGGAAAUAUUUAGAUUUAGUUCAGCUUUUACUACACAGUGGAGAAUUCAUACUGGCACAAAACUCUUACGAAUGUGGAAAAACCUCAACUCAAGUGGAGGCCUUCUUCAACAUAAAAGAAUCCAUGCUGAUGUGAAACCCUUUGAAUGCAAGGAAUGUGGGAACAUUUAUAGAAUUAGCUCAACUCUUCAACCUCAUCAGACAGUCCUUAUAGGUCUGAAACCCUGUAAAUGUAAAGAAUAUGGGAAAAACUUUAUUAUAAACAAUGAGCUUACACAAUAUCAGAAAAUUCAUCAGCAGCAGCAGUCUCCUGCAUCUAAGGAAGGUUAACCAGCCUUUCAAUGGAAAUUUUACUAAACAUUAGAGAACUCAUAUUGGCAAGACUGUGACUGAAAAGAAUGUGGGAAGAAUUUGAAUCUGCCCUAAGCUUUGGCUAACAUCAGAGUAUUCAUUUGUUCUUGACGAGGAGAAACCCGUAGAGGAUGAGAACAGGGAAUCUCUGUUCUUCAGAGACGAUAACUCCAUUGAGAAUGUCUAUGUUAACCAUCAUGUUCUUGAUUUACUCUUGUCUCAUUUUAUAAACUUAAUUCACCAAACAUUACUCAGCCAAUUUAGGAAAAAUAGUUAUAACUAGGGUUAUUUAAGGCACCUCCAUUGUCACCAUUUAUAUCCCAUCGGUCCUGUGAUAGUAGGUCCAGUAUUUACUUUGUUUCUGCCUAAUUUGUUAAUGGUGAGCACAGUUCCAGCCAAACUUGUGGAAUCAGGGUUAUAAAAGAUAUAAAAAUCCUUGAAAGUAUCUGGUUCAUGCUCAUAUUCUGUAAAAUAGCUUUUACAGUGUUUUUGUUGGAAUUACUGUAACUGAUAUUAGAAGGUAAUUGUAAUUCUAUUUAGUAAAGCCUCAUGCAUUUAUCCACUAUUAAAUUUUAAAUAACUUCAUUCUGUAUAAAAUCUCAUGGAUGAAAAGGUACAUGAAGGGAUUUUCAUUGAGAAUUCAUUCCUUAAGUAAAAAUACAGCUGUUGAUGAAGAAGUAUGAUUUUAAAGGAGUUAAAAAAUUCAAAAGCUAAAACCCUACAUUUAUGUUCCAUGUCCAGACAUUAAGUUAAACUAUAUAUUUGUGACAGGGAAGGACAGUGUAGAGGUCCCUCAAUCUCAUAUUCUCGCUGAAAAUUUGACUUCUGAUUGAGAAUUUUGUGGAACUUCCCAUCUCUAUUCUAGGAACUGUAGCUCAAGAUUCCCCAACUAAUUUAUCUUGGCGCUGUUAAACUGCCUGCAUGUGUCAACCUCCCCUCCACUAACUGCUUCUGUUGGCUUCUGUUAAAAUGCCUGUUUUAGCAAAAGCUUCCCCUUGAGCUGCUGAGCAAUAUAAAAGAACGUGGCUUUUGCUUUUAACAGCUCCUUGUU